AGUGUUGUAGGUGUUUUCCAGGGAUUUCUAAAGAUGACUACUGAAAGUAUAUUAACUGUUGUGCUACCAGUAAAUGCUACAGGCACCCUCCUGAACAUGACUUUGGAGGAGGAGGAGGUGUGUGACAACUGGAGAGAGAUCCACCACUUGGUUUUCCACAUGGCAAAUAUGUGCUUUGCUUUAGGACUGGUAAUUCCAACUACUCUGAACCUGCAUAUGAUAUUCCUUCGCGCUUUGCUAUGCCUGGGCUGUGCCUUCUUUAUUAUUUGGGCAAGUCUUUUCCGCUGUGCUUUGGACAUAAUGAUUUGGAAUGCUACUUUCCUUGGGAUCAAUUUUAUGCAUUUUAUAUAUCUGGUAUAUAAGAAAAGACCAAUCAAGAUAGAAAAGAAGCUGAAGGGUAUCUAUCAGAAAAUUUUUGAGCCUCUUCACGUGCCCCCUGAGCUGUUUAAGAGACUCACUGGCCAGUUUUGCAGCAUUCAGACCUUAAGAAAAGGAGAGACCUAUGCAGUGGAGGAUAAAACAUCUGUAGAUGACCGUUUAAGUAUACUGCUCAAAGGGAAGAUGAAGGUCUCCUAUCGAGGUCAUUUUCUUCAUAACAUAUAUCCCAAUGCUUAUAUAGAUUCUCCAGAAUUCAGAUCAACAGAAAUGGCAAGAGGUGAAAAAUUCCAGGUCACAAUCACAGCAGAUGAUACCUGUGAAUUUCUGUGCUGGUCUCGGGAAAGACUAACAUAUUUUCUGGAGUCCGAACCAUUCCUUUAUGAGAUUUUUAAGUAUAUGAUUGGCAGAGACAUUACAAAUAAGCUGUAUUCACUGAAUGACCCCACAUUAAGUGACAAGAUCUAA